GUACCUUCAUAAAAAACUUGUUGGUAUUAACAACUGGAAUUGUACUCUCAUUACUGACAUUUUUAAUUAAAAAGAAAAAAGAGGAAAGUCUAAUUGGUAGGUAAGAGGGGCCAAAGAAGCAAACAAGUGACAAUGAGGUAGUCAUUUGAGCAUGUCUACUAUUGUCUUGAUAAACAUUCAAGGAUGCUUGCCUUUAUAAGGGGAUGAAGGGCUGGCGAUUAGAUUCCCCCACCACCAACACCACUCAACUCAGCCUUCCUCCAUCCACUCUUUUUGGCAAAAAAGGAAAGGAGUUGAAGGCUCGAGCAGAUAGAGAGAAAAACUGUGGAGUUUUAUGGGUGGUAGUCCCAAACAUCUUCUUCAUUCUUCUUCUAUCUUUGCUAUCUACCAUAGCAAAAAGCCUUGUCUUGGUUACUGUUCCUUUUUCUUCUUCUUAUUCCUUCGAACACCAACAAUUGCACCGGCUUCAACACUAGCUUUGCUCAAUCUGAAUUCCCUUUUAUUUUCAAUCACAACAUUCCAUUCUAAAUAAAAAAUUAAAGACAGAAACUUGAGAAUUUGGAACAUUCAUUUAACAACAAAAUCAGAGAUAUAUAUUCCCUAAUGGCUAGGUUCCCCUGCUAUCACCAUUCUUUUAUGACGUUCUUGAGCUUCACUCUCGUCCUGUUUCUUAGAGUUGUUACGGCUGCCACCUUCACAUUCAUCAACAAAUGUGAUUACACGGUAUGGCCUGGAAUUCAAGCUAAUCCAGGAAGUCCACAACUGGAAAGUACAGGCUUUGAACUCACAAAAAGAAGCUCUCGUUCUUUCCAAGCCCCUACUGGCUGGGCAGGUCGCUUCUGGGGCAGAACAGGCUGUAAUUUCUAUGACUCUGGACACGGAUCAUGCGCUACAGGUGACUGCGGCUCUGGCCAAGUUGAAUGCAACGGAGCUGGUGCCAUCCCGCCAGCCACCCUAGCAGAGUUUACACUUGGUUCAGGGUCCCAGGACUUCUAUGACGUGAGCCUGGUGGAUGGUUAUAAUUUGCCUAUGAUUGUGGAAGGGAAUGGAGGGUCAGGAGAGUGUGCCACUACUGGUUGCGUGACGGAUUUGAAUAAAAUGUGCCCGUCUGAGCUAAGAAUUGAUGGCGGCGCUGCCUGUAAGAGCGCCUGUGAAGCCUUCGGAAACCCUGAGUACUGUUGUAGCGGCGCCUACAAUAGUCCGGCCGCUUGUAAGCCUUCCAUGUAUUCAGAAGUGUUCAAAUCAGCUUGCCCCAAAUCCUACAGCUAUGCUUUUGAUGAUGCCACUAGCACUUUCACUUGCACUGGAGCUGAUUAUACCAUCACUUUCUGUCCCAAUCUUCCAAGCUUGAAAUCUUUAAAGGAUCCUGCUCCAAAGACAACUGGAACAACUAAUGAACCAGGGUCGGAUCCUGAUCCAAUACAGGCGGCUGAACUGGCUACUCAAUGGCUAGCAAAUUUGGCAACAGGAGACUCAACCAGAAUCCAACCAUUUUCCCCUAGCCAAUUUAGUUUUGCUGUGACUAUUUUUCUUGUCCUAGCUCUGUUCUUGUAGUCUUUCAAUUUCUCAAUUCAACUUCAAGAAAAAAAAAAAAAAAAAGAAA